GGGCGGCACGAACCACAGAACUCACAGCCCACACACCUCUCUCUCCUUCUCCCCCGGCUGACCUCAUUCUCUAAAAGUUCCCAUAAAAAUCAUCAUCACGCCAUCCAUAAAAACACAUAACCCGUUCUAUUGUUUCGCAACCAUUCACUAAUCUACCCACCGUUUCUUCUCUUUAUAUAUUUCGCAUCUUCAAAAACAAUUCCAAGAAUCCACAACGAGUAGGCAGUAACCAAAAAAAGACUAAUGGAUGCUGAGAAAGAAGGUGCCAAGGUUGAAGGCGAGAAGAAGCCCGCUGCUGAUGCAGGUGUAAAGAAAGAUGAUGGCAUGUUUAUUUCCGUUUACAAGAUGGACAUUCAUUGUGAAGGCUGUGCCAAGAAAAUUAGACACGCUGUUAAACAUUUCGACGGUGUGGAAAGUGUGAAGACAGAUUGUGCAGGCAACAAGCUGACGGUGACGGGGAAAGUUGACCCUGCUAAAAUCAAAGCCAGGGUUGAAGAGAGAACUAAGAAGAGAGUUGAGAUUGUCUCUCCCCAGCCAAAGAAAGAUGGUGGUGCCGCUGCUGGCGGUGGCGAUAAAAAGGCCGAUGAGAAAUCCGAAAAGAAACCGGAGAAACAAAAGGAAGCGGAAAAACCACCUCAAGAGAGUACCGUCGUUUUGAAAAUAAGAUUACACUGUGAAGGCUGCAUUUCAAAAAUAGAGAAAAUCAUCUCCAAAAUCAAAGGUGUGGGUGGCGUUACUGUGGACGCGGCCAAGGAUCUGGUAACGGUGAAGGGAACCAUGGACGUAAAGGACUUGGCACCUUACCUAAACGAGAAGCUAAAGAGAGGCGUGGAAGUGGUAUCUCCAAAAAAGGAGGAGGAGAAGAAAGACAAGGCUGGUGGUGGAGAUGGCGGAGAGAAGAAAGAUAAGGAGAAAGGAGGAGAAGCGAAAGAUAAGGAGAAAGAAGGGGAUGGAGGGAAGAAGGAGGAAACAUCUGGUGGUGGUGCUAAGGUGGAGGUGAGCAAGAUGGAGUACUUUGGAUAUCCGGCAUCAUCAUCUACAUUCUGGUUUGAUGGAGUGGACGGUCAAAAUCAAGUGGUGGAGAGUUACAAAAAUCAUUCCGAUCAUCCUUAUAACUAUAAUCAGCAAGGUUAUUCUGCGAUGAAUCAACAGGGGUACGUGGUGGACCAUAAUUAUCCUCAUCCUACAGCUCAGAUGUUCAGUGAUGAGAAUCCUAAUGCUUGUUCUAUCAUGUGAUGAUGAAGAUUGGUUGAUCGGACGUUGGUGGAGAAUUGAUGGAUACAUAUAUAUGGCAUGAGAGAGGAACGAAAAUGUGCAUGAGCUUUUUUAGGAAGGGAAGAGUAAACACCAAGAUUACGAAUAGAGGCAUAGCAGGGUUAAUUUUGGGAAUGCAUAUAUGGCUUAGGGUAGGAGAAUUAGCAAGAGAUGCACUGUUGACCGGCUAGAUGGCCGACUGGCCCGUAAAGCCUGUUCAGUUGUUGGUGCUGCUUCUUUUUAUUUGUUAUUUUCUUUGUUUAUCUGCUCAGUCAAUAUGAUGAAGGUAAUCAAUAAAAAAAAAAUUAAUCAUUUUUUUUUAA